CAAACUAAUCCUGCAGGAGCAAAUCACAAGAAAUGCCGAUUAAAAAAGGAAAGAAGGGAAAGAAAGCGAAGGGAAAAGGAAAGAAAGACGGCAAGCAAGAGUCAAAACGAGAUAAGGAGUCUGAUACAGAGAGGGCUAAAGCAAACGCGGCUCUGUGGGAGGCCAGAUGUGAUCUGACGGAGGGUUCACGCGUGGAGUACCGUGAAACAGCGCGAAGACUGAGCAAAAUCAACCAGCAGCUGACUGAUCUACAGCACAACACUGAGAAGAACAGCAUCGAGAUCAUCGCUGUUCUGAGAAACAAAGACUUGCUAAACGAGGAGAAGAUAAUGGCACUGGAACAACAAAUACAGCUUGAGAAAACAAGAGCUUCUCAGGCAAAGGAGAAUCUAGCCGCUCAGUACACGCUAAAGAUCAAUGAGCUGGAGGAGAAGUUUAAGAAGAGAUCUAGCGAGUUCGACAUGAUUCAAGCGGAGCUUAAGAUCAUCAAUGACUUCCUUAAGAAAAAGCCUCAAAUGGAGCAAGAACUCAAAAAUAUGAAAGAAACUAUGGACAACGCAGAUCUAGAACACAAGAAAACACUUGCAAGAAUGGAGCAAAAGUUCUUCAAUAAUAAGGUUCAUCUAGAGAAGGAAGCUGAGCAAAAGAUUGCUGUGCUUGCAGAAAGAGCUCACAAUGAAGCCAUCAUACAGCUGGAUGACGCAUCUCGCUCAAUGUUCAAGGAGAAUGUGCGUCUAAAUAAGGCAUUGGGUUACCACAUCAAAGAGGUGGAGGAUGUGCGGAAAAGAAAUGCAGCGCUGGCAGAAGAGAACAACAUCCUUAGUUUGCAUAAGGAGAUGAGUCAGGACACCUCAAAUGACACCAUAUCUAAGCUUGCAGCCCAGCGGACCACGGUUUCUGAGCUGAGGGCAAAGGUGUUCACACUGGAGCAGGCCCUGGCCAGCAUGGUGGCUGAGUUUGAGUUAGAGAAGGCUGAUAACAAGCAGCGUGCUGCAGUCAGGUCUCAGGCUGGUGGUGUAGAGCUGGACAAACUGCAGACGCUUCUGAGCGUACGGGACAGGGAACUGAGCCGAGUGAAGAGAAUAGCCCGCAGCGUAGUGGAGCAACGCUCAGACAUGGAGGUCCUCUUCCAUGAGUCUCUGAACCACGUGAAACAGGAGAUGCUAAUGCACAGACAGGAAGCCGAAGUGAAUCGUAGCAGGCGGAUGGAUGAGUUCCUAUCAGGCAGAACGGAGAACGCUCACAUUCACACCAUCAACAGAACACCCCACAGCACUUCCAGUGAUAUAGAUGAGGCUGAAAAAGGCAAUCUGAAGAAAGCCAAAGUGAACAUAUCAGAGAUGGCCUGGGAGCAAAGAGAGAGAGUUCUCAGACUGCUCUUUGCUAAAAUUAAUAGCUUGAAAUCGAAGUAA